AUGGACCACUUUGAAUAGCCAUCAGCAAAAUUGCUUUAUCUUAUUAAUGAGAUGAAUAGACUGAAAAUGAUCACACAAUUGGAGAAAUGCACAUUAAAAUAGUUUAUUUUGUAGGAACAUCAAGGGAUCUACGACCUUUUGAAACAAUAUCCAAAGAGUGACACUGAACUUGAGUUGGCAGAGGCCAUAAUUAUAUUAUUAAGAGGAGCUCCAAAUUCAGGAUAAUAAUAAGUUCAAGAUGAUGGCGAAUAUUAAGCAGAUUUGGUUAUUACAGAUGAUCUUUAAUCUCCUUUGGGUAAUCAAUUGAUGAGUAGGAAGAAUUAUAAAUAAAAGAAACAUUAACAACAAGAUAGCAGACCUUUUGAAUUAAAUAAGAUCCAAUGAUUCAGUUUACAGGAAUAUAUAUAAAACAUUUAUAUCAAUUGUCAA